AAAUGCUGACACGUUCAAAAACAAUGUGCUGGUCGUGGAGUGCUGAACUUUUAGUGAGGUCAGAGAAAUGAAUCCUUCCGGACGUGUCUUGUUCACUCUCUUGGUGUUACUCAACUAUUUUGGUGGAAACAUUCUGGCCAGCGAUGUCUUGUCACUUAAUAGCGAUGAUCGAGUAGCUGAGUCAUCUAAACGAGCUGUGACGUGGUUGUUGAACCGUCGUAAUAGUCAAUUGCAUUGGGGUCGAUUGGUCAAUUCUCAAACUCUUUUAGCUCUAUCCCGAUCUGGAGUCUUCAAUUCAUCCUUGCCCGAAUUUCAAUUGGCCAUUAAACAAGUAGACAUAGAUUUUCUUCUAGAUCGAUUAAGACAUGGAGAGUUGGAAUUGUAUUCCGACAGGCUGAUUCCACUCGCCGUAUCACUCACUUCACUUUGUCGUAGUCCAACUCAUUAUUACGACUACGAUUUGUUGGAUGGAUUGUUGGACUACAGGAGAAAGACGAGCAAUUUUACGUUUGCUGCGGAGAUGCUGGCCGUCUGUGGUGGAGACGGAGUCAUCCGACGGGUACACAUGCGCCGAUUAGUUUGGCUACUCAAUCCCAAAAUGUGGACUGGCCCAUCGAUAAGUUUCGACACGAUGUCCAUGGUACUCAUGGCAACCGGAUGCGUUGCGGAGCAUUACGGCCAUCCAUACCUUUUGCCAUUUGCGGAUACAAUUGCAGAGAUCCUCAUCAGCAAACAAGAACGAGACGGUUCGUUUGGAUAUAACAACGUCAUUUCCACAGCCAUGGCAAUUGAAGCCUUGCAAAUUCGUGGACUGUCUGUCAAAGUCGACCCAACAGUUCGAGCUGCCAUCAAUUGGUUGAUAUCCAAUCAACUGGAAGAUGGCUCUUUCGAUUCCGACUUGAUGGCAACAUCUGAAGCUCUGCUGGCUUUGUCACCGAAGGGUGGACGGUCCUACAUCCACAUGAGCCAAUGUCCAGGAGAAGUAACGACACCUAGGAAUCCGAUGUUGAAUCACGUUCCAAUUCAAAUCCUAAUUUGGAUCGGAGAACAGCCUUCGUUGAAGCGCCAGACUUUUCAUCUUCAAGUGCCUGUUAAUUCAACAGUUUACAAUGCCCUGCUGCUUGCCCAGGCCGAUGGAUUACUCCGAUUUGAGACGAGAGAAUAUUCGUUUGGACACUACCUCCUAUCGAUAAACAACACGAGUGAAGUGGCCGAUGUUUCGAACGUCCAGCAAGGCUGGGUGAUCUUUAUCCUUCCAUCAGCCGAUCACGGUAAACCAGAGACCAAAUAUCAGAUGAAGAGAUCCGUGUCUUCCUACCAGAUCUCAACUGGAGAUUGCAUCUUGUUCUGGUACCGAAACAUAAACCGUGAUUGAUUUGAUUGUGUCAAUGAAUUGGAGAAAACGAUGUUUAGUUUUUUUGUUUGUUCACUGAACUUGAAAGGGCUGAAAGCUGUGUAAUACAACAAAAGGUCAAGCAACAA